CAGACCGGAAGCCUGCACACAGCUCAGCACUAGAGGAGACUGUGUGCCACAAUGCAGGUAACACGUAACGUGUUCAGAGAUGGUUUGAGAUUGGAUUUGGUUAUAAAUGUAAUAGGGCUGUCAUCUUAUUUUAAUAUCAGAUGGUAUGUCUUAAAACACUUUAUUUAGUAUGGCACUUAACAACUCAAUAGCAGGUGGUGAGUCCUUGCAGCGUCAGAUCAAUUACCAGGUCAUUAUAGUGCAGGUACUGGUGGUCAUUUUCAUUUGCAUCAACUUGUUGCUGAUUGUGACUUUUUUUUCAAAAGAGUUCUUCUACACAACAAUGCGCUACAUCUUAUUUGCUGUUACACUACUGUCUGAUAGCAUAAUAUUAAUUAUAUCUGAUAUCCUGCUAAUUUUGAGCUAUUUUCAAUACACUAUGCAAGUUGGCUUAUGUGUUGUUUUCUAUAUUAUUUCUGUGUUAUGCACUUUUGUCACACCAGUUACUCUGACAGCAAUGACACUGGAGCGCUACGUGGCCAUAUGCAUGCCCCUGCGCCAUGCAGAGCUGUGCUCCAUACGCAGGUCUCUGCACUCUAUCUUCAUCAUUCACAGCCUCAGCUCUGUACCCUGCAUUGUUAUUGUCUCUACAUUUGUUGCAACAGCCUCUCAUAGCUUGUAUAUGCAAUACAGGAAAUGCUCCAUGGAUAUGUUUGUCUUUCUCCAAUGGCAGAAUCAUGUUAAAUUAGCUGUAUAUCAGUGCUACUUCUUAAUCAUGGCGAUUACCAUCAUUUUCUCUUAUAUUGAAAUAAUGAAGGUUGCCAAAGCUGCAUCAGGAGAAGAUAAAAAGUCAACAAAAGGGCUAAGAACAGUAGUCCUUCAUGCUUUCCAGCUCUUCCUCUGUCUUGUCCAGCUGUGGUGCCCAUUUAUAGAAGUUGCACUGCUUAAGAUUGAUUUAAUGUUAUAUGUUCAUGUCAGGUACUUUAAUUACAUAACAUUUAUUCUAGCUCCUAGAUGUCUGAGUCCUCUCAUUUAUGGCCUCAGAGAUGAAAAGUUUUCUCUUGCAUUAAAAUACAAUAUCAAACUUGGAUUUCAUUGCGUAAAAAGCAAUAUGCAGAUUGGUUUUGUUUGACAAAUUAGUGUCAUGAUCUGAUACAUCAUUGUGGAUUGUUUGUUUUAGGAUUUGCUGGAUCAUUGUUGUUAUUGUCUGACCCAAUUAACCAACUUUGAUUAUGAGUGUAAUAUUGCAUUCAAUGAACAUCUGCUGCAAGGUCAACGUGCAAUAUGUGAUGGCUUUUGUUCAGGAAAAUCACAGUUGUGUGAAUAAUAACUACACAUAAACCUGAGUUGUGGAACAUCAUACUCUGCACUGUUGACAGGUCAAUAUGGCACAUUACUCUGCGCUCAUCAACAAUUGAUUCUGCUCCUCUGCUCUUUUCUAACCAAAUGUACAGCAAAAAAAAGGACCAUCUUUCGAUCAUCGCAAUGAGUGGUUUCUCUCUUUUCUGCCUAUGUGUGCCUGCUCUCUGUUUAGACACAACUGACAAAUAUGUGAAAGUACAUAAUUAAAAAAAUACAAUCACAAACAGCAA